AGGAGGAAGCCGGGCGCUGUUCGUGCCCGGGCCGGAGGCAGCCGCGGCUGGAAGAAGGAUGGGUAGGAGCCCGCCGGCUGCCCCGCAGAGGGUUCGGGGGGCUGCCGAUGCGGCGCGGCGUGCGCGGCUGCCUUGCUAAACUUAGCCAAGAGCGCUGGCUCCGAGCGGGCUCUCCGCCGCUUAAAAUGGUCGGGGAUGCUUUUAAAGCCCCGGAGGGCUCCCGAAGAAAUGUUGAAGUUCUGCCUCUCGAACUUGGAAAACGUUUAAAAUUGAGGCAGCUGACAAAAUGGAGGGCUGCCGCGGCGUCCAGGAGCGAGGCAAAUUGCAAAUUGUUAACCUGGCAUCGCGCUCGCCUCGGCUUCCAGCUCGGCGGCUGGCGCCGGGACGCGGCCUGUGACAGAUCCCCGGUCCCAGCUUUGUUUCCCCCCCCAGCCCGAGAAGGCGGCGGGAUGCGGGGCUGAGCGCGCAUCGGUGCCUGCCGAACCAGGUGUAUGGGAUGUGCCUGUUGCAAAGUCUGACCAAUGGCAGGAUUUUUCAGCGGCCAAAAGCCAUUUGGCUUUUAGUCCGGUGCAAAGCUGAUGGGUGGGAGCAAAGGUAAAGAAUGAUGUAUUGCAGCAGCAGCAGGCAGAAAGCAUCUUUUGUCUGAACUGUGGAAUGGCUGCUCCAUAGCCAUGUCCUGAUGGAUCAGAUGUGAGGGGCUGCUCUGUGGAACGAACCCUUUGUAGCGGCUGGAAGCAGGAGAAGACACUCAGCUGAAGGGCUCUCUCCGAAAAUGGAUUUAACUUUUCUUUUGCCAGUCACUACCAGCAUGACCUCAUACAUUUCCAGUACAAUGGUGUGGCUAAGCCUUUGAGUCCACAGCUCUUACAUCAUCGCAGCAAAUCAGAGAGGGAGGUGGUGAAAGAGGCCUUGUUGUUGUCAUGGCCCAUGAGAUGAUCAGGACUCAACUCAUCGUUGCUGAGAAGUUGGUGGCUUUGCUGGAGAGCGGUACAGAGAAGCUGCUGCUGAUUGAUAGCCGCCCCUUUGUGGAAUACAACACGUCCCACAUCUUGGAUGCCAUCAACAUCAACUGCUCCAAGCUCAUGAAGCGGAGGCUGCAGCAGGACAAAGUUUUGAUUACGGAGCUCAUUCAGCAUUCAGCAAAACACAAGAUUGAGAUUGACUGCAAGCAGGAAGUGGUGGUGUAUGACCAAAGCUCUAAAGAUGUGACCUCUCUCUCAUCCGACUGCUUUCUUACUGUGCUCCUGGGCAAACUGGAAAAGAAUUUCAGCUCUGUGUAUCUGCUUUCGGGUGGAUUUGCCGAGUUCUCCAGCUCUUUUCCUGGUCUCUGUGAAGGAAAAUCCACGCUCAUCCCUACUUGCAUUUCUCAGCCUUGCCUACCUGUUUCCAACAUUGGCCCGACUAGAAUACUGCCUCAUCUCUAUCUUGGGUGCCAGCGAGAUGUCCUCAACAAGGAGCUGAUGCAGCAGAACGAUAUUGGCUACGUACUGAAUGCCAGCAAUACUUGUCCCAAGCCUGAUUUUAUUCCAGAAUCCCAUUUCCUCAGAGUGCCUGUGAACGACAGCUUUUGUGAGAAAAUUUUGCCUUGGUUGGAUAAAUCAAUCGAUUUUAUAGAAAAAGCAAAAGCAUCAAAUGGCCGUGUGUUAGUGCACUGUUUAGCUGGGAUAUCUCGCUCUGCCACAAUUGCUAUUGCCUAUAUCAUGAAGAGAAUGGAUAUGUCCUUAGAUGAAGCUUACAGAUUUGUGAAAGAAAAGAGGCCGACUAUUUCUCCCAACUUCAAUUUCCUGGGCCAGCUCUUGGACUUUGAGAAAAAGAUAAAAACCCAGACCGGUCAGCCUGGACAUAUCAGCAAGUUGAAACUUCUGCACUUGGAAAAAAGCAGCGAGCACGUGCAGGUCCCGGAGGGUGGGCAGAGCAGCCUCUCCGUGAAGCAGCUCUGCAUCACUGCUACCUCUGAGAUCGUGGAGCAGAAACCCACGGACUGUGGCAGUGCCCCACGCGGGCACUUGUCCCCUCUGGAAGAUGGCCCGCUGGUGCAGGGCAUAAACGGACUGCACGUCUCCCUGGAUAAGGUGGAAGACAGCAACCGGCUGAAGCGCUCUUUUUCUUUGGAUAUCAAAUCUGUGUCCUACUCAUCAAGUAGCAACUGUGUGACUGCGUCGGUUCAGGGCUUCGCCUCCUCUGAGGACACCCUGGAAUACUACAAACACGCGACUGCUUUGGAGGGCGGCAGCAAGUUGUGUCAGUUCUCCCCUGUGCAGGAGGUGUCGGAGCAGACCCCAGAAACCAGCCCCGACAAAGAGGAAGCAAACCCUCCCAGAAAAUCCCAGAACACGUGGCAGCUGGACAGCCAGGGCAAACGGCAACACCUGGGGAGAGCCAGCGGCGGUGCCACCACUCAGCGGUCGCUCCUGUACCCCCUCCACCGGAGCGGCAGCAUGGAAGACAACUACCGAACGAACUUCUUGUUUGGUCUCUCCACCAGCCAGCAGCACCUGGCAAAGUCUGCUGCCGGGCUGGGCCUCAAGGGCUGGCACUCGGACAUCUUGGCUCCUCAGGCGUCGGCCGCAUCCCUGACCAACAGCUGGUACUUCGCAGCCGAGUCCUCGCAUUUCUACUCCGCCUCGGCCAUCUACGGGAACAGCGCCGCCUACUCCGCCUACAGCUGCAGCCAGCUGCCCACGGGCUGCGACCCGGCCUGCGCCGUGCGCAGGAGGGCAAAGCAGGGGGACAGGGGGGACUCCAGGAGGAGCUGGCACGAGGAGAGCUCUUUCGAAAAGCAGUUCAAGCGCAGGAGCUGCCAGAUGGAAUUUGGGGAGAGCAUCAUGUCGGACAAUAGGUCCAGAGAAGAACUGGGGAAAGUAGGCAGUCAGUCGAGUUUUUCGGGCAGCAUGGAGAUCAUUGAAGUGUCCUGAGGGGCGGCAGGCCUGUGGGACUGUAUCAGAGUUGCUGCCCUCUCCGGGCUGCUCCCCCGGCAUUUGAGAGAUCCCUGUAAAUCUGAAACUGUGGGUAAAAGGGUGGGGGGAGGGAAGAACCUUGAGGCUUCAGUGUGAAUGCAGCAAAAGGUUUGUACCGCAGAGAAAUGACAAGCGAGCAUCUGCCCGAGGACACCAGAGGUACCGCUGGGUUUUUCUCCUCUCCCCUCCUGAAGAAGGGCAGAACACUUCAAAGGUCUUUCCCUGAUAGAGGAAGCAAUUGUUUGCAAUGGAUUGCACAGCGUUUCAGUGGUUUUUAUAAAGGAAGCUCUCUUGGCAUCAACCUUGCUCUGGUUCCACUGAAACACGUUCCUACCUGUCAAAACCCAGUUUUGUUCUCCCCUCCUCAUGCCCCAUAUGUUCACCAGUGCACCUUAGCCCUGACACUGAGCCAACCUCUGGAGGGAGACCUUUUUCCUGUAAGAAAGGAGACUGGGAGCAAUUCCAAAGGACAUAGGGACUGGUUACAGCAAGGCUUGUCUGAACACACAGUUCAGACAAAUGUAAAUACUGGUGUAACUAUUGUUCUAAUGGAUAGGCUUUAAGUGAUUUGCUAGAGAGCUGCUUCAGAGAAAAAAAAACAGUACCUCAAAAAUAUAAAAAAUAAACUAGGGCUUUAUGGCUGCCACAUGCUGGUAGUCAGUUCAUCAGCAAUGUGAACAAGUAACAACUAGCCACAUUUGGUUUUUUGUUGUUUUUUUUUUUUUAAAGCUGUCUACGCACAAGUGUUUCAAUUGGCUCAGCAGCAAUGCCUAAAAGAAGAUGAAUGAACCAUACUUAGGACUGUUUCCCCCAGUCUUUUGAUACAGUAUUCGUAUUUUUUAUAUUAAGCUGGCUUCUGGGAGAGGGGUAGUUGCUUUGGCUUCUAAGGUGUAAUGGAGUGGUUGAUAAGGUAGGGUUACAUGCAAGAGAAGUGGCUGCUACAAGUGGCCACAACAUGCUUUUUCUUGCCAGUUAAUAAUUCAAUAGGAGGCUCUUGAAGGCUUUUUUGGUUUGGGGUUUUUUGUUUUGGUGGUGCUUUGUUUGUUUGGGGUGUUUUUUUGUGGUUUUUAAGAUUAAAAUGGGGUAGGCUUUUAUCCUUAACUGAGCAGUACCACUGAGGAACUGCUCUUCAUAUAUGGUCCCAGUCCUACCUGGGGUGGGGGCAAUGCAGGUGGUUGGGUUUUAUUCCAUUCCAGCAUGGAUUGAGACUGGCUUCUCAUUAGUUUUGCUGACUUCAUCAGAUAAAGGGAAGUCUGGCUGGCUGCCCAAGGAGAACAGAAGGGGGCUCCAGUGUCCCAUCUCAGUGUGUGUGUGAAAGAAAGGGGGUUUGAGAAAAGACAGCUUUCCAUUAGGGGAAGCCACUCCCCUCCCACACUCACAGCUUCACAGGAACUUGAUCCUGGCCAUUGUUCUCUGUCCCUUGGUUUCCCAGCACGCUGAUGUGUGAUUUGUCUGCAGACGCUCAAGGCUGUACCGCGUCCUCCCUCAUCACCCCAGAGAAGAUGCCAACGUGAGGAGGUGUCACAUCGCUGCUGCCAGGGGGGGUGUUUCACUGAAGAUUAGGCACAGCCCUUCUCAUGUUGUUUUUGACAGCAACCCAGCUGCUUCCCCUCCAGCUCCCGUUCCUGCGGUAGCUUGGCUGAGCUCUGCCCUGCUCACCUUGGUUCACCCGCCCACGUUGCUGCAAGAGAUUUGUGGUCAGUGGGGGGUGGUACCAGGUAAAGCUUCACCCUUCAUGCUCUGAGGGAAGCUGCACAUUGGUCUUACCUCGGUAUUUCCCAGCACCCCUCAGAAAAUGUGUAUUGAGGGGAAACUAUAUUUUUUUUUUGUCCCAUUUCAGUGCAGGCAGCUGAAAAUUGUACAUCACAUGUAGCAAACAGUUAAACCCUGGCCAACAGCUUUAAAAAAAAAAAUUGUCAGCAACAACCUGAAGCCCUAAUUCAAGUGAGCAGCUUGGGUUAUUUUAGGGUUUUUUUUACUGUAAGUUCAGCUAGUUUGUGACUCAAAUCUCAGGUUUUACUAUAUUGAAAAGUGGAGAAGAUUUUGUCAUUGAUUUGUUUUGUGGCUAGGAUGUGACUUUAAUUUCCUACAGUGGACUGUUGAAAAUAGCACUGAAAGCUACAGCAUUGAUUAACUUGAUCCUAAAAAGUGCAAAAGGCCCAGUGAGAGCACCAGGAGGCUCUGUUUGGGCUGUGUGUACGAGAUGUUGGAAGAAGAGGUAGCCCAGGCAAGGGACAGGUUGACAUCACACACAUCAGGUGUUCAUUAAACAUACUGGCACUUGUCUCUGUUUACAUAUCAGGUGAAAGCAAUUACAUUACAACUAUUUUCAGCAUAUAUAUAUAUAUAUAUACACAUACUCUGUGUGUAUAUACCUAUGUAAACAGUUUAACAGUGCUUCCUCCAGGAAAAGCCCAUGUCUGUGAUUUAAACCAGUUAAUGGGGGUUAACACAUGUCAAUCCCUGAAGACAGAAACAGAUUCGUCCUAUCUUUUGUGCUCCUUCAGACGUGUGUGUUCCCCCCUUCUCUAUGUUUGGGUUUUGGGUCUUCUCCUAUGUUUGGGGUUUGUUUGCUUGAUUGCCUUCUGAGGAACUGAAAUGUGGUCUUGUGGCUCCUUGUGAUUUCCAGUGCACUCUAGUCCCUGAAUGAAUCAAAGCUGUAGGCUUGGUAUUUUUAGGGGAUAAGUCCUCAUAGGAGGAAGCCUUAACCCCAUGUCCCGCACAGGGUGGUGCCCUGGCUCCUAUCUGAACUAGAGUCCUGUCCCUGAACAAUACUGGAAAUGGUUUGUAGAAGUCUGGAAAGCAAAGUGGAGGAUGUGAGAGAGGAAACAUGUACAUGUUCAAUAUGAAUAUAAUGUAUGGCCGUUGGUGUAUGGCAUACUUGGCAUAUUUGGUUUAUGGCAAGCCAUUCAAAUGGUUCAGAGGGAUGUGAGUUUCUCAUCUUGUUGUGUCAUGAGAAUUACCUGUAUGUAUGAUGAAAUAAAAUCAGAAAUGGUACCUGUUUAUAU